AUGAUUUUCAGAAAAAAUCAAGAACUUGUAAAACGUAAUAUUUUUUGGAGAAGAAUGGUAUUUCUCUUUCUUCUUUUUGCAAGCGCGUUCUCCCAAACACAGACUCAAAAAUUUGGUCCCCAGGGAAUGCAACCAACGGGGAUACACCCAACAACUGAGGAAGCCAUGAGAUAUCGUGAAUUGUUAGAAAAGCAAGAUGCCGACCAAAUUAAAAGCCACCUUCAAAACCGUGCACAAACCAUCGGAGAAAACUUCGACAGACAGUUCAAAAACCGAAACGAGCUCGAAAUGCAUAGACUCAGAAUGGGUAAUUAUAAAGAAAAGGAUAACUACAGGCGAAAAUUCAUACAAUUCAUCCGUAACGAUCCGUACCAAACACACGUCAAAGAACUCACCGACCACGAGAAGGAGGACCUUGAAAAUUUCAGAAAGUUUAUGAAAGCAGCAGACAAACCUUUCAGUCUGAACCAAUUCUACGCAAUGACAAAGCGAAAAGAGAACACCGAUAUGUAUGGCAAUGUCGGGCUUAAGAUGAAUGGAUGCGAUGGUGUGUUCAACGGACAACCAGGUUGGUACGAAAAGCGGAUUGAAUGGCUUUCCAAGGUAGGACCAGGUCUCGACGAACCAAAGAAAGGGUACCUAAAUGAUAAAUUCUUCAUAUAUAACGACGAUAAACCCCAGAGCUUCAUCGGCAAGAACGCCCCCGUUGUGUUUGCUCAUUAA